UCCAUGGAAACUGGUUAAAGCCUUUUGGUCUCAAAUUCUUAGUUCCACACCCUUUUACUUAUUAUGAAAACCCAAGUGUUUGUUUUUUAAACAUGACAACCUUAGAAUAGGUGUGUAGUAUUAGAAUAUUCUUUCCUUCAGAAUUUCAGCCGGUGAACUGCAAGCUUUAAACGCUCAUCACAAAAAGUUGUUUUUAAUAUUGUUUCCAUAGCCUAGCUAUUACAAAAUGAUGGCGAAUCUACCAACUGUGCUAUCGUUGAGGCACUUGUUUGUGUUGUCGCUUGCUUUGAAUGUUAGUUUGAUUUUAAGAAUGGUUUAUGAUGAACAAGGAGGAAACAAUAACAAGAAAUCGAUGGAAGUGUAUAAUCAUAAUAUCCUAAAAUCACGUUUGGUUAUACCUUCAACUUCUUUUGCUAAUUCUACUCGUAAAGAUCAUUCCGGAGUCGUGGAUAGAGUAAUCAAGCUUGACCAUGGAGAUCCGACAAUGUACGAAAGGUUUUGGCGACAAAUGGGAGACAGGAGCACAAUAGUAAUUCCAGGAUGGGCAUCUAUGAGCUAUUUUUCUGAUGGAUCAAGCAUUUGUUGGUUUCUUGAGCCUGAAUUUGCGAAGGAAGUAGUGAGAUUGCACAAUGUGGUUGGAAAUGCAGUAACACAAGGUCGCCACGUUGUUGUUGGAACAGGUUCAUCUCAGUUAAUUCUAGCUGCUCUUUAUGCUCUGUCUUCCCCUGAUGCACUGGAACCCAUCACCGUUUUAUCUGCCGUACCUUAUUACUCGUCAUAUCCAUCAAUGGUAGAUUACCAGAAAUCAGGUCUUUACAAAUGGGGUGGUGAUGCAGAGAGUUUUGACAAAGAAGUUCCUUACAUUGAGCUAGUUACUUCUCCAAAUAACCCUGAUGGAUAUUCAAGGCAAACAGUAGUUAACCGAAACCAAGGACUAUUGAUUCAUGAUCUUGCCUAUUAUUGGCCACAAUACACUCCAAUAGUAUCUGCUUCAGAUUAUGAUCUUACUCUUUUUACUCUCUCAAAAAGCACUGGUCAUGCAGGAAUGCGCAUAGGGUGGGCUCUUGUCAAAGACCGUGAGGUAGCAAAGAAAAUGACUAAAUUCAUAGAGCUAAAUACAAUUGGUGUCUCUAAGGAUUCUCAACUCAGAGCUGCCAAGGUUUUAAAAACAAUUUCUGACAGCUCCCAAGAUGAAGAAUCGUUUUUCAAGUACAGCUACAAGAUCAUGGAACAAAGGUGGAAGCUACUGAGAGCAGUAGUUGAAAGUGGUGAUUUAUUCAGUUUGCCUAAAUUUACUUCAGCAUUCUGCACCUUUUUCAAUCAGGAGUUGGAGCCUCAACCAGCAUUUGCUUGGUUGAAGUGUGAAGGGGAUAUAGAGGACUGCGAAAGUUUCCUUCGUGGACACAAGAUUUUGACCAGGGGUGGUAGAGCAUUUGGGGAUAGCCCAAAAUAUGUAAGACUUAGCCUGCUCGAUACAGAUGAAAAUUUUAUGCUGUUAUUAGAUAGGCUAUCUACCAUACAGCACUGAAAUUGGAAAUUUCUCCGGGACAACAUAUUCAUACUCAUAGUUCAAAUAUACUUUUUCUUCCGUUUUUA